UUCAAACACACAGCAAGUCCCCUAAAUCAACAUUAACUGAUUACAUUGUUCUUCAUGGCUGCACGGCCACUUUCAGUGACUAGUACUGCUUUAACUAAUUUUCCGACAUCCAUGAACUUGUUAGCAGAUCCUCUUGCUAUUGGAAGAGUGGUCGGAGAUGUAGUUGAUUAUUUCACUCCAACUAUGAAAAUGGCUGUCACUUACAGCAACAACCAGGUCUAUAACGGUCAUGAGUUUUUCCCUUCCUCAAUAGCCAUUAAGCCUAAGGUUCAGAUUCAUGGAGGGGAUAUGAGAUCCUUCUUCACACUGGUCAUGACUGACCCUGAUGUCCCUGGUCCUAGUGAUCCUUACCUGAGGGAACACUUACACUGGAUGGUCACAGAUAUCCCAGGCACAACGGACGCCACUUUUGGAAAGGAGGUGGUGAAGUAUGAACUGCCACGACCCAACAUAGGGAUCCAUAGGUUUGUGUUCCUCCUUUACAAGCAGAAAUGCAGGCAGGGAGUGAUCAAAAUACCAAUUUCAAGGGACCUCUUUAACACAAGACGCUUUGCUGAUGAGAAUGAGCUAGGGCCACCUGUGGCUGCUGUGUUUUUCAAUGCUCAAAGGGAAACGGCUCCAAGAAGACGUUGAACAAAAAGUCAUGAGAUGGUGCAACAUCGAUCUACAGUGUGUUUUGUACUGAUAAUUAAGGAUCUAUAGUAUAUAUAAAAUGGCCUAGCUAUAUAUAGAAUAUAGGUGUGUGGUGGCCAGAAAAAUAAGCUAAGGCUACUAUAAGGGUGUAGCAGCCCUAGCUAGCAUCAACUAUCCCUCUCGUAUUGUUGUUUCUAGUUAGGUACGUGAUUGUAAGAAAGUUGCUGGUUGAACUUAGCGUUUAGUUUAUGUUCUCAUUAAAUUAUGUUAUCUAGAAACCAGAUUCCUAGUAUAAAGUUAGUGAAUAUAUGUGGGCAGUAUAUAUGCGUGAAUUGGCUGAAGAUAUUUCACUCUUCAGAACUUUUGAAAUAUUAUGUACAAUU